CCGAGUCGAGCAGCUCUUCACUCUACAACAAGACAAAACCACAACUGGUGGCCACAGCAACAUGGCUCCAUCACUUUUCGCAGCAGCAGGAGGACUUCUCUUACUUAUCGCCUUCUCAUCAGCACAAACCCGAGGAGACAACCUGGGAACAUGUGUCCCAAAUGAUGCCUUUGGAAAGUACUGUCCUACUACAUGUGGCGUGGCUGAUUACCUGUAUACGUAUAUGCCCGGAGUCAACAAAGAUUUGGAUGAUAUGCAAAGGGAGCUGGAAACAAUUACCAAUUUGACUACAGGGGCAGAAGAAACUAUUGUCUACAUGAAAGAUUCAACUACUUCUGCUCAAAAAACGAGCCAGCCAGAUCCAUACUUCAAAAAGUCCACAAAUAUGCUGGAUGAUGUUCUUCGAUUUGAAAAGACCAUUAUUGCGCAGGAGCAGCAAAUAUUUGAACUUCAGACUUUAAUCGCAUCCAAUGAGAGAAGAAUGGCAGACCUGAAACAGAUGUCCAUUGAGCUGCAACAGAAAUGCACUGAGCCCUGCAAAGACACUGUUGAGAUCCAAACCACCACAGGAACAGAUUGUCAGGACAUUGCAAACAAAGGCGCCACCACCAGUGGUCUUUACUAUGUGAAGCCAGCAAAGGCAACAGAGCAGUUCCUGGUCUACUGCGAGAUUGACAGCUUUGGACGCGGCUUCACAGUCAUGCAAAGGAGACGUGAUGGCAGCGUGGACUUCAAGAAGAACUGGGUCCAGUACAAGCAGGGCUUCGGUUAUCUCUCCCCAGACGACACCACAGAAUUCUGGCUCGGCAACGAGAAGGUCCAUCUGCUGACCGCCAGCUCCACCAUCCCCACUGUGCUGAGGAUAGAGCUCGUUGACUGGGACGGCAACAAGAGGUAUGCCGACUACACCAUGUUCAGAGUCGGGUCAGAGGCCGACAUGUACCGCAUGACCUACGGCUACUACUUUGGCGGCGACGCAGGAGAUGCUUUCGAUGGCUUCGACUUUGGAGAUGACCCCAGCGACAAGUUCUAUACGUCACACAACGGCAUGCAGUUCAGCACUGGUGACAAGGACAACGACAAGUAUGACGGCAACUGUGCCCUGCAGGACGGCUCCGGCUGGUGGAUGAACAGAUGCCACGCUGCACAUUUGAAUGGAAGAUACUACCAGGGUGGCAGGUACACAGAGAAGGACGCAGGGGAGUAUGGCUACGACAACGGCAUCAUUUGGGUCACAUGGCACAACCGCUGGUACUCCCUGAAAGAGACCACCAUGAAGCUCAUCCCCCUCAGCCGCAUCACAGCAGGAGGCGGGCAGCAGGCCGGUGUGAAACAGUUCGGCGGACUCGGAGAUUCUUAAAGAUUAGACACGUUCGGAAUCUGCACUUACUGUGUUCAGCCAUGAAACCAUCUGCGAUACAAUAAAACGCCUCCAUGGAAAAUUUUCUGACUUUAUGAUUUGUCUUUCUGUGAUGUUCACAUGUUUUAGUCAUCUGAGCCAGCAGGAUACUGAUGUUUCCCAUUCCCUCUUCACUGUUGUUUAAAGCACUAAUAAACGUCUUUUCUCUACUAA